GGCGGGGUGCCAGCAGGUAUAAGGCAGCCGGCCAGGGCGCUGAAAGCCCGACCUCACCAGGAGAACAUGCAGUUCCACACUGGGCUCCUGCUGGCCGCCGUUCUGAGCCUACAGCUGGCUGCAGCCCAAGCCUUGUGGUGUCACCAGUGCACGGGCUUCGGAGGGUGCUCCCGUGGAUCCAGAUGCCCGUGGGACUCCACCCACUGUGUCACUACUGCCACCCGGGUCCUCAGCAACGUCGAGAACUUGCCUCUGGUCACCAAGAUGUGCCACACGGGCUGCCCCGAUAUCCCCAGCCUGGGCCUGGGCCCCUACGUAUCCAUUGCUUGCUGCCAGACCAGCCUCUGCAACCACGACUGACGACUGCCCUCCCCCAGGCCCCCGGACACUCAGCCCCCACAGCCCUCACGGCCUGGCGCCAGGGCCCACGGCCGCCCCUGCCUCGAGCCUGGCCAGCCCACAUCUCCUGGCCUCUGCAGCCACCAUCCAGCCUCACUUGUCCUCGGGAAGUCCUGUGUGGAGUCUUGUCUAAAUCUGCUGCUGUCCAAGCCUGAGGCCCGUCGUCCCUGCCACCCCUUCAGUUCCCAACCUCCCCCAAAUAAAAUAUGAUUGGAUCAUGUAGCACAA